GACCUUCCAUAUGUUGACUUUUCACCUCUGACCUACAUGACCGGAGUACUGAGGAAAGUCGUGACUGGAUGUGUUUUUGAGGUGUUUUCUCCGUUAUAUCUUCAGAAAAUGCCGCUUGUUGUGGAUGACACUCCUGUAGGACAAGUUGACAGCGUGAAAAGCUUGCUGACCAGGUUCCCACACUUCAAGGAGUCAGCAGCAAACCUGUGCAGCCAGGCGGUGAGGACCCUGGGUACAGACGGUGUCCUGUAUGUCAACCAGAGGGAAUAUGCAGCUACAGGGCCAUCUGACGAUGUUGUACAGUUCUUAGGUUCAGAAGAUGCCACGACUUGUCACAUAGCUGUUCUCAGGCACACAGGUUGUGGUGUGACAUGUGUGGCACACUUUGAUGGAGCUGGCACCAGAGAGGGGAUCAGGGACAUGAUGGGAAAUCUGGGACAGCUCACUCAAAACUGCACAGAGGGAAGGCUGGAGCUGCAUCUGGUGGGAGGGUUCUGUGAUGACAGAUGUAUGUCAGAACAGCUUACAAUGGAGCUGAUAGAGGAGUUCAACAGAGUAAAAGACAACAUUUACCUCCAGACAGCCUGUGUCUCAGAGCUAAAUGAUGUGGUAAAAGACCAAGUCCACUGGCCAGUCAUUUAUGGUGUUGCUGUGGAUGUCAGAAGUGGUGAGAUGUUCCCAGCCAAGUUCACAGACAAAGGACCAGACCAGGCUCUGAGACAUGCCAGGAACUACACAGGCAAGCAUGAGAUGCUGAACAUCUAUGACUCCACAAAGCGAGAGUUGAACAUUGGACCGUUCCACUACGACCGGUUCCAUGAUGCAGACAGAUGGCUGGAGCAGCCUGACCGCAUCAUUCUCAAGUACCUGUCCACAUCACCACUGGUAGAACCUCCAGACUUUGUGGAGAACACUAGAGCAGCCCUGAAGUUCUUGUUAGAACACCCCCACCCCGGGGAGACUGUGUUCCCCAGGGGGAGGGGCAAGGUGUACAGGAGGAACACUGCAGGACAGUGGGAGCUGGCACAAGACUCAUAAAACCUGAUCUGUACUUUAACUUAAUAUUUGUUGAGAUAAAAAAUGCUGGCAUUUGGGGAUACAUGUAUCUUAUGAAGAAUGUAUUUUAAAACUGUAUGGUGUGUGGAGAACCUUUGAUGCUUAACAUAGCAUUUCUUUGGUAGAAAAUAUAUACAGCCUGUAUGUGAGAGAGAUGUUGCAUUGAUACCAGUGUGCCAAGACUUCUCUUUGAUUUUUAAGGUCACUACAGGCUAUAUAUUGGGCAAAGUACAUGUGCAAUAUACUAGCUGAAUGAUUGUUGUCUUAAUUUGCACAUACAGAACUAGAAGCUGUUCACACACAAAGCUAUUAAAGUGGCAACAUUUCCAACAUUGUUUUCA